UGGCUGACCAUCCACUCUGGAGACCGUGUGGUAGGCUAGCCCUACUCUCUCCUCGCCAAACCUUUGUUGUUAAUCUUGAGGGAUUUGGGGUGAAAGAAGACAAGGGUCGGACAUACCUUUCAUGACAGGCGGACAGUUUUGGCAGCUUUUUUGUCCAGCUGAAAGUGGUAUUUUUGUAAGGAUACUGAGAGGGCAUGUGAGGAAAGAGAUUUUCCCAGAAUACAGCUGAGCAGGCUUAAGCCCUAGGGACAACCUAGAUACGGACAAAGGGAAAGCCAACCACUAUCAGAAGUGGUUGAAGCCACCCCUUCUGACGAACCAUGGGAGACAAGUCUGGGAGCAAAGUAGCUGCUGCAAAGAACCAGAUCCAUCUCCGGGUAGUGAAGGGGCUGGAGGAUGUGGAUGUGCGUGAGAGGGAGGGCUGCACGUUCGAGGUGACCCUCAACCUGUCCUACAUAUCGGGCACGUGGACCAAGGACGGGGUCAGGCUACAAGCCAAGCCCACCUGUCACAUCGCUGCCCAUAAGAAUAAACACACUCUCACCUUCACCCGGGUCACCGUAGGAGACACUGGCCUGUUCUCCUUCCAGACUGACGGGAGCCAAAACUGGAUCCAAACCUCAGGCCAACUCACUGUCAUAGCCAGAGACAUACAGAUUGUGAAGGAGUUGGAAGACGAGGAAGUGACUGAGAGGCAGAGCGUGACCUUCCUGUGCGAGGUCAACUGUGAGGACGUGGACGGGCGUUGGUACACCGACAACACCAGGAUCAAACACGGAGACAACGUCAAGAUCAGGCACGAGGGUAAAACUCACACCAUGUGCUUCAAGUCUGUCAGGCCAGCAAAUGCUGGGGAGAUCAAAUUCACUGCAGACAGGGUCUCCUGCUAUGCAACUCUCACGGUAAAAGAGCUGCCUGUGCAGAUAGUGAAGCCUCUGAGAGUGAAGAUUGCUAUGUACAAACACAAAGGACUGCUGGAGUGCCAGGUGUCCAGGGCCAACGCCCUGGUCAGGUGGUUCAAGAACAGGAGUGAGAUCCAACCCAGCAAGAAGCACCAGAUUGUUAGCGACGAUGUCUACAGGCAGCUGCACAUUGAUGACGUGGCCUCGUCAGACGAGGACACCUACACCUGUGAUGCUGGCGAUGACAAGACCUCCUGCCAACUACUAGUGGAGGAGCAGGCGAUCAGCAUAGUGCAGGGCCUGAGGUCUGUGGAGGUGACCGAGCCCAGGGAGGCCAUGUUCCAGGUGGAGACCAGCCUGAGGGCAGGGAGGCCCCCAAAGUGGACCCUGGACGGAGAGGUCCUGAUGGACGGGCCUGAACUGAGCAUAGUCCGGCAGGGCACAGUGCACACCCUCUGCUUCAUCAGCACGGACAGCUCUAUGACCGGCCCUGUGCAGUUCAACGCCGGGAAGAGCCGCUCCACCGCACAGCUCACCGUGAAGGAACGCCCUCUGAAAGUGGUCCAGCCCAUGCCAGACGUGGAGGCUAAAGAGAACAGCUCGGUCACACUGAGGUGUCAGUUUGCCCCCUCCCCCAGGGUGGUGCGCUGGUACAGGGGCCGCACUGCCCUGCAGACAUCCAGCAAGUACAGCAUGAGGACGGAGAAGAACCAGGUAGAGCUGACCAUCCAGGGCCUCAAGGAGACCGACACUGGCCAGUACAGCUGCGUGGCUGGAGGGUCAAAGAGCACAGCCAAGGUCGAUGUGCGAAGGCUGAAGAUCGUAAGGCACCUGGAGCACGUGAAGGUGGAAGAGGAUAGCAACGCCACAUUCACAUGUGAACUCAACUACGUGGUAGCCAAUGUGCAGUGGCUUCUGAACGACAACCACCUCAACGCCAACACUGUUACCAGGAUUCAGAACAUGGGCACCAUUCACAGCCUCACCAUCAAAAAUCUCCACCCACAGGAGAGCAGGGUGACCUUCAAGGCUGGCCUUCUCACAGAGUCCACCUCCCUCAAGGUCAAAGAAAAGCCAGCAGUGUUCCUCAGGUCUCUAGAAGACAUGUCAGGGGAGGAGGAGGGGAAGGUGUGUCUGCAGUGUGAGACCUCUAAGGAAAUGGCCACCCCCGUCUGGAGGAAGGAUGGUUCGGUCCUGGACAGCAGUGACAAAUAUGAGCUGCUCAUGUUUGGGAAGUCCUUAACGCUCAUCAUCCAUAGUCUGAGUAAGGAUGAUGCAGGCCACUACAGCUGUGACUUGGGCACCAGCCAGACCAAGGCCAAGGUCACUGUACAUGACAUUCACAUCACCAUCGCCCAGCGUAUGAAGACCGUCUCUGUUCUGGAGGGCGAGAGCUGCAGUUUCGAGUGCAUCCUCUCUCACAAUGUCAUCGACGAGCCCUCCUGGACCCUGAACGGUCAACUUGUGAUCAGCAACAGCCGCAUCCAGAUCGUAAACAAGGGUCGCAAAUACAAGAUGACCAUCAGAGACGCAACUGUGACUGAAGCCGGGGACGUAAUCUUCUUCGUCAAAGACCUCAGCUGCAGGACCAUGCUGUUUGUCAAAGAGAAGCCAGUGCAUGUGUUCAGGGACAUGAUGAGCGUUAAAGCCACCCCAGGGGAGAACGCUGAGCUGAGCUGUGAGAUCACCAAGCCUGAGGCCUUCAUCCGCUGGCUGAAGAAUGGCCAUCAGAUCAGGCACAGCCCCCCCAAGUACGAGAUCAGUGUGGAGGACCACCUGGUACGGCUGGUUAUCACGAACACCUGCAUCAGAGACUCUGGGGAGUACUGCUGUGAGGCUGACGGCAUUGCCACCCGGGCCAAGCUGGAGGUCAGAGAGCUGCAGCACACAUUUGCUCGGGAGCUGCGGGACACACGGGCCGAGGAGAAGAGCAAGGUGAUGCUGGAGUGCGAGACGAGACUGCCGGCCAAGCGGGUGACCUGGCUGAAGGGCAUGGCAGAGCUCCGGGCGGGCAGGAAGUAUGUGAUGAAGCAGAAGGGCGUGGUCCUCUACCUCACCAUCAGCUGCCUGGAGAAGGUUGACACCGACGUGUACACCUGCGAUGUUGGCACCAUGCAGAGCCGGGCGCUACUGACCGUGCAUGGUCAGAAGGUGUUGAUCAUGGACGAGCUGGAGGAUGUUGAGUGUCUGGAGAAUGACACGGUGAUGUUCAGGUGUCGUAUCUGUCCCAGCGAUUAUGUUGGGGUCAAGUGGUACCUGGAUGAGACCUUACUGUACACCAAUGAGCUGAAUGAGAUCCAAGUCAUCCCGGGGGGCUACCACAGCCUCACGUUCAAACAACUGGCUCGCAAAGACUCGGGCACCAUCUCCUUUGAGGCAGGCGACAAGAGGUCCUACGCCUCGCUGCUUGUUAGAGAGAGACGUCCCACCAUCACCAAAGCAUUGGAGGACUGUGAGGCCAUUGAGGGAGGCGGUUUGGUGCUGGUGUGUAUCACCUCUAAGCCAUGCCACAUCCUGUGGUACAAAGAUGGCUGCCUAAUGUGGAUUUCCUCGAGGUACCACGUCAGUCGCUCAGGUAACGAGGCCAGGCUGACCAUCAGGGAGGUCAGUAACAGCGAUGCUGGGGUGUACGAGUGCAGCGCUGGGUCGGUCAGCACCAAGGCCGUCGUCACUGUAAAAGCCAUUCCAGCUGAGUUCACCCAGCCGCUGCAGAGCAUGGAGGUAAAGGAGGGGGAGGAUGUGACCCUUUCCUGUGAGUUCUCCCUGCCGGGGGUUGCGUUCCACUGGAGGAGGGGCUUGGAGACCCUCAGAGCUGGAGAGAGGUACCUGAUGAAGCAGAAGAGGUCCUUCAUCUCUUUGACCAUCACUGGCCCGAAGCCUCAGGACUCAGGAGAUUACACCUGUCAGUGCCGAGACCACAGAACCACAGCCAGCCUCACAGUCCACGCCAUCCCCAUCUCCUUCACACAACAGUUGAAAAAUGUUCAGGCCGAGGAGGGCAACAGUUUAACGUUGCGCUGUGAGCUUUCUAAACCAGGAGUCCCUGUGGAGUGGAGGAAAGGGGAGGAGCUGUUAAAGAAUGGGGUGAAGUUUCAGAUAAGGAAGAGAGAGACCAUAUCGGAGGUUCAGAUAUGGAAAACUGUGCCUGAAGACAGUGGAGUCUACAGCUGUGAGUGUGCAGACCAAAAGACCACUGCCACCGUCAAAAUCAGCGCCCUGCCUGUUACCUUCAAACAAAAGCUGAGGAAUGUGCAUGUUGAAGAGGGGAACAAUUUGGUGUUACACUGUGAGCUCUCUAAACCAGGAGUCCCUGUAGAAUGGAUGAGGGGAGGAGAGGAGCUGCUGAACAACGGAGAGCGGUUUCAGAUAAGACAGAGAGAGUUGGUGAAUGAACUGAAGAUAAUAGAUGCCAAACCUGAAGACAGCAAUAUCUACACCUGUGUUUGUGGCAAUGUGGAAACCACAGCCGGUGUUACAGUCACAGCAAUUCCCAUCACUUUCAAGCAAAAGCUGAGGAACCUGCAGACUGAGGAAGGGAACACCAUCUCGCUGCACUGUGAGCUGUCUAAAGCAGGGGUGCCAGUGGAGUGGAGAUUGGGAGGAGAGAGGAUACUGCAGAAUGGAGACAAAUACCAGAUCAAGCAGACAGACUCAGCACUGGAACUCCUCAUCAGGGAGGCUCUGCCAGAGGACAGUGGAGUCUACAGCUGUGUGUGUCGAGACAAGAAGACCAAGGCCACUGUCAAAGUCAUUGCUGUACCUGCCACCUUCAAAGUGGGUCUGAAGAACCAGGAGGCCCCAGAGGAGGGCAGCAUAACCCUGCACUGUGAGCUGUCUAAGGCUGGGGUCUCAGUGGAGUGGUGGAGGGGGGAGACAGAACUGUCCCAAGACCUGUCUGGAGGAAAGUACCAGAUGAAACUGGAGGGGAAAAUAGCUGAGAUGACCAUUACCAAUGUGCAACCGGAGGACAUAGGGAAGUACAGCUGUGUCACUGGAGACCAGAAGACCACCGCUGAAGUUAAAGUGCAGGCUCUCCCUGUAAUGUUCACACAAGAGGUCCAGAACGUGGUGAUCAAAGAGGGGGACAGUGGGGAGUUCUGGUGUGAGCUCUCCAAGCCUGGUGACCCAGUGGACUGGAGGAGGGGCAGAGUCAUCCUGAAGUCUGGAGACAAAUAUGAGAUGAGGCAGGAGGGACGCAUCACUAAACUGCUCAUCCAUAACGUGGAGGAGAGGGAUGCUGGGAAAUACACCUGUAAGAGUCGAGAUGCCAAGUCAACUGCUGAACUGACCGUAACGGGCCCACCCCCCACUUUCAAAGAACAGCUGAGGAACGUGGAAGUUGAGGAGGGUAAGACUGUGACGCUACACUGUGAACUGUCUAAAGCAGCAGCCUCAGUUGAGUGGAAGAGGGGAGCAAAGCUGUUGACGAAUGUAGCCAAGUACCAGAUGAGGAAGAAAGAUUUACUGGUGGAAUUGAAGAUUAUCGACGCAAAUCUGGAGGACAGUGGGGUUUACGCCUGUAUUUGUGGCGAACAAAAGACCACAGCAACUGUUACAAUAAAGGCUCACCCGGUCACAUUUAUAGAAGAGUUGAGGAACGUUCAGGUUGAGGAGGGCAACACUGUGACGUUGCGCUGCGAGCUCUCCAAACCAGGGUUGUCGGUUGAAUGGAGGAGAGGAACAGCUCUUCUGCAGAACGGAGAGAAGUACCAGAUGAAGCAGAAAGAUGCAACGUUGGAGCUGGUCAUCAGGAAAACCUUGCCCGAGGACAGUGGUGUCUACAGCUGCGUGUUGGAAGACCAGCAAACCUUCGCCACCAUCAUUAUCACUGCCAUCCCAGCCACUUUCAAACAGACGUUGAAAAACCAAGAGGCUCUAGAAGAGGGCAGCGUGACGUUGCGCUGUGAGCUGUCUAAAUCGGGGGUCCCUGUGGUGUGGCUGAAGGGAGAGGAGCUGCUGAGGGAAGGUGAGCGGCACCAGAUGAAGCAGGAGGGCAGGACCGUGGAGAUGGUCAUCAGGAGUGCGGUCCUUCAGGAUGCUGGGGAGUACAGCUGUGUCACAGCCUGCAACGUCAAGACGACAGCUGAUAUCAAAGUUAGGGCUCUCCCUGUAAAAUUCACACAAGAGGUCCAGAACGUGGUGAUCAAAGAGGGGGACAGUGGGGAGUUCUGGUGUGAGCUCUCCAAGCCUGGUGACCCAGUGGACUGGAGGAGGGGCAGAGUCAUCCUGAAGUCUGGAGACAAAUAUGAGAUGAGGCAGGAGGGACGCAUCACUAAACUGCUCAUCCAUAACGUGGAGGAGAGGGAUGCUGGGAAAUACACCUGUAAGAGUCGAGAUGCCCAGUCAACUGCUGAACUGACCGUGACGGCUCCCCCCGUCACGUUCAAGGUGAAGUUGAAGAACCAGGAAGUCGAGGAGGAGAACAGUGUGACGUUAUUCUGCGAGCUCUCUAAACCAGGGCUGACGGCAGAGUGGAGAAAAGGAGAGGAGCUGCUGAAGAAUGGAAUAAAGUACCAGAUAAAGAAGAGAGAGGCAGCGAUGGAACUGACAAUAAGGAAUGCAGUGCUCGAGGACACCGGAUUCUACAGCUGUGUUUACGCAGAAGCCAAAACCACCGCCACUGUCAACAUCACCCCCAUUCCUGUCACCUUCAAGAUGGGUCUUAAAAACCAGGAGGCCUCAGAGGGGGGCAUCGUGACCUUGCGCUGUGAGCUGUCUAAAGCUGGGGUCCCGGUGGAGUGGUGGAAAGGGGAGGAGGAGGUGAGCCCUGGAGGAAGGUACCAGAUGAAGCUGGAGGGAAAGAUAGCAGAGUUGCACAUUAAAAACAUCCAGCCAGAGGACGUGGGGGAGUACAGCUGUAUAUUCGGAGAUCAGAAAACCACUGCUGAAGUCAACGUGAGAGCUGCUGCCUCAGUGUUCUUUGAGAAGGAGCUGGAGAGCAAUGUGGUGAUGGAGGGGAAGUCCCUGGUCCUCUCCUGUGAGGUAUCCAGUGCCACUGUCCCCGUCACCUGGAAGAAGGACGCCUGCCUGGUCACAGAUGGGGAGAGGUUCAUUGUAAAAAAGAAAGGUCCCGUUCACACCCUGGAGAUCGAGAAGCUGAGUCUGGAGGACGCCGGGGAGUACAGCUGCAUCACUAGGGGAAAGAAGACCACAGCCAUGCUGGUUGUGAAAGAGCGGGUGAAAAUAUUGUCCGGACUGAAGGACAUGAAAGUCUCAGCCGGGCAGGACGCAGUGUUUGUGUGUGAGCUGUCCCACGCCGAGGUGAGUGAAGGCGAGUGGUGGCUGGGCUCCAGCCCACUGCAGAAGAACGAAAUGAACCAGAUGAGCUUUGAGGGCCACCAACACUGCCUGGUCUUGACCAUGACCACCCCGGAGGAGACCGGGACCGUGGCCUUCGUGGUUGGGGAGGAGAGAACCUCUGCCCAACUGCUAGUUGUCCCCAAACCCAAAGUACACAUUGAGAAGAAGCCCCAGGACAUUGACAUCAUGGAAGGGGAGACAGCCACCUUAUCCUGUACGACCUCUGACCUCAUUACCCCUGUCACAUGGAGAAGGAACAACAUGCCCCUCCUGAACGGAGACAAGUAUGAGACGCGUAAGAAGGGCAAGCUCAACCUCCUGCUCAUCCAUGAGACGGAACCAGAGGACUCUGGGAUAUACUCUUGUGACACUGGAGACAUGCAGAGCGAUGCCAAUCUGACGGUCAAUGAGCUACCACCGUACUUCGCGGAGGAGCUGCAGGCUGUGGAGGCUGAGGAAGGGGGCACAGCUUUUCUGUUUUGUGAGCUGUCUAAGCCCGGAGUCCCAGUCCAGUGGAGGAAAGGCCGGCUGCCUCUCAGGCCCAACAGGAAGUACCAGAUGAAGCAGGAUGGCUGCGUGUUUCAGCUACACAUCCUGGAGCUGAAGUCCGAGGACAGUGGCAGCUACUCGUGCCAGGCAGGCUGUGUGGAGACCACCGCCUCUGUGUCUGUGAAAGUUAAAGUACUCAUUGAGAAGAAGCCCCGGGACACCGUCGUCAUGGAAGGGGAGACGGCGACCUUAUCCUGUACGACGUCUGACCUCACUACACCUGUCACAUGGAGACGCAACAACAUGCCCCUACUUAACGGAGACAAGUAUGAAAACCGUAAGGAGGGCAAGCUCAACCUCCUUCUCAUCCACAAUGUGGACCCAGAUGACUCUGGCAUAUACUCCUGUGAUACUGGAGACAUGAAGAGCAGCGCCAAUCUGACUGUCACAGAGCUGGCUCCAUGCUUUGAAGAAGAGCUGCAGGCUGUGGAGGCUGAGGAAGGAGGCACGGCCUUCCUUUCCUGUGAGCUGUCUAAGCCCGGAGUCCCAGUCCAGUGGAGUAAGGGCCGACUGCCUCUCAGGCCCAACAGGAAGUACCAGAUGAAACAGGACGGCUGCGUGUUUCAGCUACACAUCCUGGAGCUGAAGUCCGAGGACAGUGGCAGCUACUCGUGCCAGGCAGGCUGUGUGGAGACCACCGCCUCUGUGUCUGUGAAAGUUAAAGUACUCAUUGAGAAGAAGCCCCGGGACACCGUCGUCAUGGAAGGGGAGACGGCGACCUUAUCCUGUACGACGUCUGACCUCACUACACCUGUCACAUGGAGACGCAACAACAUGCCCCUACUUAACGGAGACAAGUAUGAGAACUGUAAGGAGGGCAAGCUCAACCUGCUUCUCAUCCACAAUGUGGACCCAGAUGACUCUGGCAUAUACUCCUGUGAUACUGGAGACAUGCAGAGCAGCGCCAAUCUGACUGUCACAGAGCUGGCUCCAUGCUUUGAAGAAGAGCUUCAGGCUGUGGAGGCUGAGGAAGGAGGCACGGCCUUCCUUUCCUGUGAGCUGUCUAAGCCCGGAGUCCCAGUCCAGUGGAGUAAGGGCCGGCUGCCUCUCAGGCCCAACAGGAAGUACCAGAUGAAACAGGACGGCUGCGUGUUUCAGCUACACAUCCUGGAGCUGAAGUCCGAGGACAGUGGCAGCUACUCGUGCCAGGCAGGCUGUGUGGAGACCACCGCCUCUGUGUCUGUGAAAGUUAAAGUACUCAUUGAGAAGAAGCCCCGGGACACCGUCGUCAUGGAAGGGGAGACGGCGACCUUAUCCUGUACGACGUCUGACCUAACUACCCCUGUCACAUGGAGACGCAACAACAUGCCCCUACUGAACGGAGACAAGUAUGAGAACCGUAAGGAGGGCAAGCUCAACCUCCUUCUCAUCCACAAUGUGGACCCAGAUGACUCUGGCAUAUACUCCUGUGAUACUGGAGACAUGCAGAGCAGCGUCAAUCUGACUGUCACAGAGCUGGCUCCAUGCUUUGAAGAAGAGCUGCAGGCUGUGGAGGCUGAGGAAGGAGGCACGGCCUUCCUUUCCUGUGAGCUGUCUAAGCCUGGAGUCCCAGUCCAGUGGAGUAAGGGCCGGCUGCCUCUCAGGCCCAACAGGAAGUACCAGAUGAAACAGGACGGCUGCGUGUUUCAGCUACACAUCCUGGAGCUGAAGUCCGAAGACAGUGGCAGCUACUCGUGCCAGGCAGGCUGUGUGGAGACCACCGCCUCUGUGUCUGUGAAAGUUAAAGUACUCAUUGAGAAGAAGCCCCAUGAUACCGUCAUCAUGGAAGGAGAGACGGCGACCUUAUCCUGUACGACCUCUGACCUCACUACCCCUGUCACAUGGAGACGCAAUAACGUUCCCCUACUGAACGGAGACAAGUAUGAGAACCGUAAGGAGGGCAAGCUCAACCUCCUUCUCAUCCACAAUGUGGACCCAGAUGACUCUGGGAUAUACUCCUGUGAUACUGGAGACAUGCAGAGCAGCGCCAAUCUGACUGUCACAGAGCUGCCUCCAUACUUUGAGGAGGAGCUCCAGGCUGUGGAGGCUGAGGAAGGGGAAACGGCCUUCCUGUCCUGUGAGCUGUCUAAGCCUGGAGUCCCAGUCCAGUGGAGGAAGGGCCGGCUGCCUCUCCGGCCCAACAGGAAGUACCAGAUGAAGCAGGACGGCUGUGUGUUUCAGCUAUACAUCCUGGAGCUGAAGUCCGACGACAGUGGCAGCUACACGUGCCAGGCAGGCUGUGUGGAGACCACCGCCUCUGUGUCUGUGAAAGUUAAAGUACUCAUUGAGAAGAAGCCUCGGGACACCGUCAUCAUGGAAGGAGAGACGGCCACCUUAUCCUGUACGACCUCUGACCUCACUACCCCUGUCACAUGGAGACGCAACAACAUGCCCCUACUGAAUGGAGACAAGUAUGAGAACCGUAAGGAGGGCAAGCUCAACCUGCUUCUCAUCCAUAAUGUGGACCCAGAUGACUCUGGGAUAUACUCUUGUGAUACUGGAGACAUGCAGAGCAGCGUCAAUCUGACUGUCACAGAGCUGCCUCCAUACUUUGAAGAAGAGCUGCAGGCUGUGGAGGUAGAGGAAGGGGGCACAGCCUGCCUGUCCUGUGAACUGUCUAAGCCUGGAGUCCCAGUCCAGUGGAGGAAGGGCCGGCUGCCUCUCAGGCCCAACAGGAAGUACCAGUUGAAGCAGGACGGCUGUGUGUUUCAGCUACACAUCCUGCAGCUGAAGCCCGAGGACAGUGGCAGCUACACGUGCCAGGCAGGUGGUGUGAAGACCACUGCCUCUGUGGCAGUAAAGCCUCUCCCAGCCAAGACAGAACCUCCCAAGACAAUGCCUCCCACAAAGGCUCCCACGAAGGCUGCCUCUCCCACACCUCCACCAGGGCCAAAGAAACAGGGCAUGAUCUGGGCAUCCAUUGUGGGGUCAGAGAAAGACCUGGAGCCUGAGGCAGAGACAGUGGUGGACCUACAUGAGAAACAGUCAGUAAGGUCUAUAGGUAAGGAGACUAAGGUAGACCAGCAGGAGAAACAGCAAGUCAAACAGACAGUAAGAGCUCUGGUGAGGGACACAGAGGAAAAAAAGCAAUUGAAGUCUAUGGUUAAAGAGAUUGAAGUAGACCACAUGGUGAAACAGCCAGUGCCCCCAGCGAGACGAGCAUCUAUAAUGUCAGAUACUGGAAUAGACCAAGUGGUGAAACAACCAGUUCCACUAGUGAGACAAGCAUCUAUAAUGUCAGAUACUGGGGUAGACGAGAUGAGGAAACAACCAGUUCCACCAGUGAGACAAGCAUCAGUAGUGUCAGAUGCUGGGAUAGACCAAGUGGUGAAACAACCAGUUCCACCAGUGAGACGAGCAUCUAUAGUGUCGGAUGUUGGGGUAGAUGAGGUGAGGAAACAGCCAGUUCCACCAGUGAGACAAGCAUCUGUAGUGUCAGAUGCUGGGAUAGAGCAAGUGGUGAAACAACCAGUUCCACCAGUGAGACGAGCAUCUAUAGCGUCGGAUGUUGGGGUAGAUGAGGUGAGGAAACAGCCAGUUCCACCAGUGAGACGAGCAUCUGUAGUGUCAGAUGCUGGGAUAGACCAAGUGGUGAAACAACCAGUUCCACCAGCGAGACGAGCGUCUGUAGUUUCAGUUUCAGAUACUGGGGUAGACGAGGUGAGGAAACAGCCAGUUCCACCAGCGAGACGAGCGUCUGUAGUUUCAGUUUCGGAUACUGGGGUAGAUGAGGUAAGAAAACAGCCAGUUCCACCAGUGAGACGAGCAUCUGUAGUGUCAGAUGCUGGGUUAGACGAGGUGAGGAAACAGCCAGUUCCACCAGUCAGACAAGCGUCUGUAGUUUCAGUUUCGGAUACUGGGGUAGACGAGGUGAGCAAACAGCCAGUUCCACCAGUCAGACGAGCGUCUGUAGUUUCAGUUUCGGAUACUGGGGUAGACGAGGUGAGGAAACCGCCAGUUCCACCAGUGAGACGAGCAUCUGUAGUGUCAGAUGCUGGGUUAGACAAGGUGAGGAAACAGCCAGUUCCACCAGUGAGACAAGCAUCUGUAGUGUCAGAUGCUGGGUUAGACGAGGUGAGGAAACAGCCAGUUCCACCAGUGAGACGAGCAUCUGUCAUGUUUCAGUUUCCACCAGCGGAUAUGUCUGUAGUUUCAGGGAUACUAGAUGAGGUGAGAAAACAGUCAGUUCCACCAGCGAGACGAGCAUCUGUAGUUUCAGUUUCGGAUACUGGGGUAGACGAGGUGAGGAAACAGCCAGUUCCACCAGUGAGACGAGUGUCUGUAGUUUCAGUUUCGGAUACUGGGGUAGACGAGGUGAGGAAACAGCCAGUUCCACCAGCGAGACGAGCAUCUGUAGUUUCAGUUUCGGAUACUGGGGUAGACGAGGUGAGGAAACAGCCAGUUCCACCAGUCAGACGAGUGUCUGUAGUUUCAGUUUCGGAUGCUGGGGUAGAUGGGGUAAGAAAACAGCCAGUUCCACCAGUGAGACGAGCGUCUGUAGUGUCGGAUGCUGGAAUAGAGCAAGUGGUGAAACAACCAGUUCCACCAGUGAGACAAGCAUCUGUAGUGUCGGAUGCUGGGAUAGACCAAGUGGUGAAACAACCAGUUCUACCAGUGAGACAAGCAUCUGUAGUGUUGGAUGCUGAUAUAGACCAAGUUGUGAAACAACCAGUUCCACCAGUGAGACAAGCAUCUGUAGUGUCGGAUGCUGGUGUAGAUGAGGUGAGGAAACAGCCAGUGCCACCAGCAAGACGAUCAUCUAUAGUGUCCGAUGCUGGGGUAGAUCAGAUAGUUAGAUCUAAAAAGAAGAUGGCUAUAGAAAUAGACCAUCAAGAUAAACAGCCAGUGAAGUCUAUGGUGAAGGAGACAGAGCUAGAACAGAGGGAUCAACAGCCAGUAAGGUCUACAGUGCAGGAGACUGAAAAACCCAAGAUGGUGGAGGAUGAUAACCAACUCCAUAUCUCAGAGGAUGAGUCCUUCACAGAGGGCCACACCCAGGUAACAGUCAACCAGAAGACCAGCAAGCCUGUAGUCGCUGUUGCUGGAGUUCCCAAGGUGCUACAGAUGACUCAGCAAGUUGACGAGAUUGCACUUGACAGUGUCGAGGACGAACAUGAGAUGUUGGAAGCUGUCAUCAAGAUCCAGGCAGCUUUCAAGGGAUACAAGACCCGCAAAGACAUGCGGCCCAUCUUCAAGCAGGUGUUUAAGAACCAGAGUGCUGAGACCAAUGGUACCCUCCAGCUGGAGUGUAAGGUGGAAGGGAAGCUCAACGCAGUACGCUGGCUGAAGAACAGCCAGGAGGUCAUAGGAGACCAACGCCACCGCAUGAACACCUCAGAGGAUGGCGUCUGCACACUGGUGAUCAUCAACAUGUCUGCCAUAGACACUGGGGUCUAUACCUGUGAGGUGGUGAACACGUUUGGUGUGUCCUCAUAUAAUGGUAACAUUACUGUGGGUGAAUCUCAAAUGCCUCCAUCUUCUACCCAGAGGCCCGCAGCCCCAUCCCAGCCCUCCACCCCUUCUGUGCAUCCAGUCCUGGCCUCCAUUGGCUCUCUCCAGCCAGUCCAGACCUCCACUCCUGGGAAGGAGACUGUGGAUUCCGUGGAUUCUGUGGAGUGCGAGGGGAUCUCCCUGUGGCAGACCUACAAUCUAACCAAGGAGGAUCCCCGCAUGACCCUGCAGGAGAGGAGGAGGGCCUCCCUUAUUGCCGCCAGCUCUAUGUCUAGUCCCUCUGACUACGAUACAGCUCCAGAUUUCAUAGAGCCUGCUGACAUAAUCCCCAAAGAUCACCCCAGGGAAAAGGAAGCCAUUAAGUCACAGGACCAGUUAUCCAAUAAGGAGGAUGAAGAACAGAAAGUCACGUCUCAACCACCCAGGCAUUUUAAGGCCAAAGUACCUGAUGCCAUGUUGAGGACUCCAUCCCCCAAACACUAUCAUGCCCACACACCUGCUGCUCUUACAGGCUCUGGCUCGGAGUCAGAUUGUGACGAGGAUAGAAUAGAGACAUUUGAUAUAUACGUGGCCAGAGCUAACUGCAGUCCUCAACAAGGUGGCAACAAGGAGAGCUUUGUGUUGAAGGAGGGUCAGUACGUGGAGGUCUUGGACUCUGUCCACCCGGAGAAGUGGCUGGUCCGCACCAAGCCCUCCAAGACCACCUCCUCACGCCAAGGAUGGGUCUCUCCUGCAUACCUGGAGAAAAAGAGAAAGGAGACAUUCCCACAAAUGAGGACACCACAUCAGGAGCUGGAUGUACCAGGGUCUACAGGGGAGAACUACAGGAGAACCCUAAGCCAAUUAAUCCAGGGGCUGAUUGAUGGGGAGCAAGAGUUUGUGAAGGAGAUGAAGGAAUUCAUGUCCCACCACCUGCACCACUUAGACACCAGCCCUAGUGUCCCUAUCAACAUCAUCAACCAGAAAGAAACCAUCUUCCGCAAUAUAAAGGACAUCGUGGCUUUACACGAGAGAUCUAUUCUGCCCAGUCUGAGUGAGUGUUCUACUGACGAUGACGUGGCCAUGCAUCUGGUCAAACAUGCAGUGGACUUUGAGAAGUAUCUGCAGUACAUGGUGGGCCAAUCACAGGCAGAGGCCUGUGUCACUGACAAGACCAUCCAGCAGUACUUCAAGCAAAACACGGAAACACACCCUGAGCCCCCCGAAACUGCAGUCCUGGAUGUCAUCACCUUCUUACAGAGACCAGUGGAGAGGAUUCAGACCUACCAGGCCUUGCUCAAGGAACUGAUCAAGAACAAGGCUAAGUGUGCGAAAAGCUGUCUUCUACUGGAAGAUGCCUUCUCCAUGGUGUCCUGUCUGCCCUGGCGCUCUGACAACCUACACCAGGUGUCUCUAAUUGAGAACUACCCUGCCCCUCUCACUGCACUAGGAGAACCUGUUCGCCAGGGUCCUUUCACUGUGUGGGAGGAGUCUCCCGAGAUCAAGACGUCCUCCAGGGGCCACCAGAGGCAGGUGUUCCUCUUCAAGGACUGUGUCUUGCUGUGUAAGCUCAAGAGAGACCCUGGCAUGAACUCUGACACCUACGCCUUCAAGAACAAGAUGAAGCUGAAUGAUGUGGAGGUGAAGGAGACGGUGGGGGGAGAGGAGAAGUCCUGGGGGCUGUGGCACGAGCACCGGGGCUCAGUGAGGAGGUACACACUGCAGGGCCGCUCCGCCCUGCUCAAGCUGUCCUGGCUCAAAGACCUGAGAGAGCUGCAGCAACGCUCCAGCCUGACUGCCAGCAGUCCACCAGAGUUUGAAGUUCUCCUGGCUGACUGCACCACAAAGAUCGGGCAGACAAUCAAGCUGGCCUGCAAAGUUACAGGAACACCCAAACCAGUGGUCAGCUGGUUCCAAGAUGGCCUGGCCCUAGAGGAUGGCCCCCACCACAUCAUCACUGCAGACCGGGCAGGCACCUGCUGUCUCAUCAUGGAUGGGGUCACUCCUGAGGACUCUGGACAGUACUUGUGCUACGCUUCCAGCUCUGUGGGCCAUGCUAGCACACUGGCCAAGAUAGUGGUGGAUGCACCCCCCAGAUUCCUUACCAGGCUGCAGAGUGUAUGUCUGCUGGAGGGAGAGGACAUCAAGUUGAGCUGUUCCACACACAGUACUCCUUUACCCCGAGUCAGUUGGUUUAAGGAUGGCAGAGAGCUGACAGACCAGAGGAAGUACCACAUAGAGAGUGAUGCCCGCAGUGGGAUCCUCACGCUCACCAUCAUGAACCCUGGAGAGACAGACCUGGGACAGUAUAAGUGUGAGCUGUGGAACAAGUUGGGCAGUGCCAAGAGUAAAGCAGAGAUGUGCUCCGCCUUUGCACAAGUGAUGGACAGUGAGCCUGACCAACCACAGGCCAUCUUGAUCCAAGACUCCGACUCAGAGGGCUGGUCCACUGCCAUGGUGAAGAAAUGGCUGCAGACAGACUUCCACCCCACCUCUGUUGUCAAAAUGCUCUUCCAGCCUGGAUACCCUCAGCCAGCCGAGGGUAGCCAAGAGGAAAGGGACCCUACCGCCAGAGGACACGUGGAGGCUCCACAGUUCCCCACUGAGCUUGAGGAGAGACUGGAGGUUGAGGAGGAACUUUAUGUUCCUGAGGCCAUAGAGGAAAUGCCAACAGCUCCUCCCUCCAUCCAGGUGCCGGUGGAGGACCUGUGUGUGGAGCCUGGUCAAUCAGCUACCUUCACCAUCAUCAUCACAGGAAGGCCCACCCCCGAGAUUCAGUGGUACAAGGAUGGAGAGGAGCUGUUGGCCACUGAGAAUGUGGAGGUGGUCCAGAAUGGUGCCCGCUGCUCUCUGACUGUGCUGUGCCCGGAGAGUGAGGACGGUGGCAUCUACACCUGCUGGGCCUAUAACGACUUAGGACACACCUCCUGUCAGGCUCGGCUGACAGUGGAGGAGGGUCCACUGGAGUCGCAGGAGAGAGAGGUGGAGCUUGGGAAGAGGAGGAAGCUGCUGUCUGUGUAUGACGUCCAUGAGGAGAUUGGGAGAGGCACGUAUGGAGUGGUAAAGCGGGUUACCCACAGGAGGACGGGUGAGGGCUUUGCCGCCAAGUUCCUGCCCCUGAGGAGCAGUACGAGGACCAGGGCGUUCCAAGAGAGGGACCUGCUCUCCCGGCUGGCCCACCCCAGGGUGGCCUGUCUGCUGGACUUCUUCUCUACACGGAGGACCCUGGUCCUAGUCACCGAAGCCUGCUCUUCUCGCGGUCUCCUUGAUCAUUUGCUGUCGAAGGGAUCAGUCAGCGAGAGAGAGGUGCAGAUGUACAUUCAGCAAAUCCUGGAGGGAGUUGGUCAUAUCCACAGCAUGAACAUCCUACAUCUGGACAUCAAACCGGACAAUAUCCUGAUGGUGUUUCCACCCAGAGAGGAGAUCAAGAUCUGUGACUUUGGCUUCUGUCAGGAGAUGGACACUUCCAGACACCAGUACAGCCAGUUUGGCACUCCUGAGUUUGUGGCCCCUGAGAUCAUACAUCAAGACCCCGUCACUAUGGCAAGUGACAUCUGGUCCAUUGGUGUUGUGGCCUAUUUAUGUCUGAUGUGCCGCUGUCCGUUCACGGGGGAGACGGACCGGGCCACUCUGAUGAGGGUGGGGGAGGGGACACUGAACUGGGACGCACCCGACCUCACCUACAGGAGCACCGGUGCCCAGGGCUUCCUCCGCACGGUCCUGCAGCCAGACCCAGUAAAGCGGCCAACUGCAUUUGAGUGUCUGGGGCACAAAUGGUUCCAGGGUGAACAUGAGGAUGAGACUGAUGAUAUCAAUACAAGGGCUCUGAAAGUCUUCAUCUCAAGGAGAAAAUGGCAGCGUUCUCUGACCUGCCUGGGCUCGGUGCUAAUCCUGAAGCCCAUCCCAGAGCUGCUGGAUGCCCCUCUUCGGGAGACCUCCAUAACAGCCCCCCGGGACCCCCAUGAGCCCAGCAGCACCUCCAUGAGCAGCGGCUCCUCCUCUGAGUACGACGAGGCCGAUGCCUGGGACUUCUUCCACCAUUGCACCACAGCUGACGAGGAUGAAGACGAGGAGGAGGAAGAAUUUGACCCCCUCAUGGAGAGAGCCAGGAUCCCUGAGCCCUUUGCCAAACUGAAAUUGGAGGAAGAGGAGGAGGGGACCAUGGAGGAGGAGGACGAGGAGGAGGAGAUGGGAGGACAGAUGAGAGUGCUGGAGAGGAGCCUAAGCAGGCAGUCUAUAGGGUCCUCGGAUGCGUCACAGCAGCCGACCCCCCAGAGGGAGAGGAGGGUCAGCCGAGAAAGCAGCCCGUCCCUAUACCUCUCCGAGGGGGAUGAUGGCUCCGCGUCCGGGAGUGAAGGAGGCUGCAUCGCCAGGAGCAGCCUGAUCCGCAGCACUUUCUACAACAGCUCCGCGCAGCUCUCGCCCAUGUCCGCUCGCCACAUGACCCUCAGGGACAAGUUCCAGGCCAAGAAGCAGGAGAGGGGCCGCAAGCCACUCCGCAGAAGCCUCUCUAGCCGCCUCAACGAGCCUCUCAUUGAGUAUGUGGAGGACGAAGGCGAGACCAAUCACGGGCAAAGGCGAGGGUCUUUGCAGUCGUCCAUGCUCAAGUCCUGCUCCUUUGACAGCGGGGUCAGCCUCUCGCACAAUGCACCACCACAGAGGAGGAGCAAGUCGUUGGACGAGUACUCCCGACGCUCACCAGGAUCCGCCAAAUGUAGAGAAGAGGAGAGUGCUUUGAAUCUUAAGGAGGAUUUCACUGACAAGGAGGAAGAGGAGAAGAGCUUGGACGUUUCCCCUCUCCAAGUGAGAGGUAGAAGAGGUUCAGUGGCAGUGGCUCCCAAACAGCUUACGGCCAGGCUUCAGGAACUGUGUGCAAAAUCGCCCCAUGCUGGUCCAGAGAAGAGCCUCAGGCCAGAGGAGGAGGCGGGGAACCUGGCUGGCUCUCAGUACUCCCUGGCUGAGUCCCUCAUCCUGGAGCAUGGCUCUGAGGGCUCCAGCAGGCUGGACUCUUGUGAGGAGCUGUCCCACGGCUACCUUGCAGCCACACAAAGAGGGAGAGCAGGGGAUGAGUAUGAUGACCAGGAGGAGCCCCUGAUCACAAUGUCCCUCUGCUCCCUGCUCCAGGGGUCUGAGGCUGUGGAAGCUAAUAAGGAGCCCCAGUGCCGGAGCGGCCAACUUCAGAUCCCACCGAGAAGGACAACCCACCCCAACCAGAACUCAACCGCCAGAAAUAAUGGUAAGGUAGAGAAGAUGAUCCUGCCGGUGAAACCCAGCCCCAGCCUGUCCUUCAAGGCCCCAGAGAGACCCUCGAGGGCCAGCGACACAGAGGCACGUCUCCAGAGGCACGCGUCCACCCCGGCCCUCCAGGCCAAACCGCCCUCGGGGAAGUCUCCCAGGAUGUCACCUAAGGUUGGGUUGAUGAAUCUGUUACGUAGGCAGUCCUGGGCGGGGCAUUCCUACUCACAACUGGAGGGCACGGAGCAGGGACCUACGCUAGGGGAAUUGGAGCCCAAAGCCCCCACCAUGUCACUCAGGAAAAAGAUGAGGGCAUCAGCCUCUAGCCUCACCAAGCUGUUCACCAAAUCGUCCAGCAAGGAGGACUUAACGAAGGGAGGGCCGAUUGUAAAGGGUUCCUCUCCUGCUCCACCUGAGCAAAAGGCGAGCGCUGGCUUGGAGAGUGCUAAAAAGAAGUCCACAUUAUUUUCAUUUAAAAUACCUAAAAUACCUGCAUUCAAGAAUAACAAAGAGAUGCUCAUCCACCUGACCAGGCCUGAUGUGCACCAGUUGGAGGCAGGUGGAUUUCUGCUGGUAUGGAGACCAGUGCAGUCCAGCGACCCAGUGGUUUACUGUGUUCAGUACAGCACAGACGGUGGGGAGUGGAAGCUACUGUGCGAGGAGGUGACAGACAGUUGCUACGUAGUGAAGGACUUACUCAGAGGAGCAGGAUACGUAUUCAGGGUGGGCUGCAUCACCAAGAAGGGGGCAGGACCUUUCAGCGACCCUUCUCCCCCUGUUGUUAUGGCAACCCAUCCUAAAGAGACCCACAUUCCCCUCAUCCAGACCGAGUACCCAGGAUCAAAGGGCAGUGGGUCAAGAGGUCAACCUAGCCACAAGACAUACAGCUUCCUCGCAGAGAUCAACAGGGGUCGUUUCAGCGUGGUGACCCAGUGUCAGGAUGGCCAGAGCCAGCAGCUGUUUGCUGCCAAGAUCACCCCUUACAGGCCAGAAAAUAGAGCUCUGGUGCUCAGGGAGUACCAGCUGCUUAAGAAGCUCAACCACCCCCACCUGGUGCAGCUGCACACGGCCUACAUUACCCCCCACUGCCUGGUGCUCAUCCAGGAGCUGUGUGCUGGCAGAGAGCUGCUCUACAACCUGACAGAGAGAGAUCUUUAUGCUGAACUCCAUGUGGCAGAGCUGCUGGCUCAGAUCCUGGGUGCUGUGGACUACCUGCACAGCCGCCGCGUCGUCCACCUGGACCUCAAGUCGGACAACAUGCUGGUGACGGACCGCAACGUGCUGAAGAUCGUAGACCUGGGCUCCGCUCAGUCUUUCACACCCGGACAGACACUCAACAUAGAGGACAUUCCGGGACAAGAGAAAGAGACUCCAUCGAGCGCCUCUCCACAGACAACGGGCAGAAACAGAAUGGCAGAUGGGGCUCCAGAAAUCCUCGACGGACAAGGAGUCGGACCUGAGACCGACAUCUGGGCUAUUGGGGUUUUGGCUUUUAUAAUGUUGAGUGCAGAUAGCCCGUUCCAUUCAGACCUCAACUGGGAGAGGGACAGAAACAUCCGGAAGGGGAAGAUCCAGUUUGGCCGCUGCUACCCUGGUUUGUCAGAGGGAGCAAUCAACUUCAUAAAGAACACACUGAGCAUCAAGGCCUGGGAGAGACCCUCGGCGGCUGAGUGCCUCCAGAACCCGUGGGUACGGGGCGAGCGGGCCCCCUCCAAACACAGAGACUCCAUCUUGUGUUUCUCCACUGACAAGCUGCAGGCUUUCCUCACGGAGAGAGAGGUGAAACGAGACCAGGUCCGCACCAAGCUGCAAGGACCGUUCUUCCAAUAAUUACACUUCUCUCUGUUUAGAGUAGGGCUUGUAAGGACUUACACAUGAACUGGCGCUGGAUGACGUCUCUUCAUAGCCCAGAUCCUGAUCACAAAAUAUGUGACGUCUUACAAAUGUUGACCUAAAAUGGAGAGUGGUCAAAUGUGUGCGUAUCAAUGGCUGCCUAGAGUUUUGUUAAAAGUUUGUCUGAAGGACUUGGACUUUGGCUUUGGUUGAAUGACAGCGCCAUGGUAUCAAGGGAAAUGUUUAGUUAAAUGCUUCCUGCAAAUACUGUUGCAUGAGUUUGAAAACAUGAUGAUAUUGAUGUGUAAAAUGCAUCAUCCCUUUGAGUUUGCAGCAUUGGACACUAAACACAUUUGACAUUUUACAUUUGAGUCAUUUAGCAGACGCUCUCAUCCAGAGCGACUUACAGUUAGACGUUUGUAAUAACAAAGGCUGUUGCAUCUCGCCAUUCAGACAAUGUUUGUGUUUUUGUUGUUGUGAAUCUUAACAAUAUGUUUGCGGUUCAUUAGCCAAAGGGAAAGAUCAGAGGAGGAUGAUUCAUGUGCCCAAAGCAUAGCAAGGGCCCCUACCAGAAUACGGCUUUGUCUCACAAAAGGAGGAACAUUGAAAUAUUUAUAUAUAAAUAUCGAUAGAUAUUUACACUACUGCAAUGUUUUCAACUGUCUUAUUGUUAUGUAUAAAUGCAGAAACAGAUUAUAUCAACGGAGAAUAAGAUCACGAGUAAACUAAGCAUAUUUUUGAGGAUCCUGUGUUUGAUUUCGUGGCAUAUACCUUGUGACGGAUGUACCUGAAAGGCUAAUUAAACAGUAUGUCAGUG